ACCACUGCAGCAUUACUAAAAUUCUGUUCAUUUCUGUUUUUAUUGAAUUUUUGUCAAUUUUACCGGGGAAAUACAGCUUACGAUGGCCCCGCAGCCGGUGGUAACGGGGCUCUCCCCGAAGGAGGGUCCUCCUGGCACUCGCGUCAUUAUCCGCGGCGAGUUCCUGGGCACCCGAGUGCAAGAUUUGAUUGGCCUAAAAAUCUGUGGCUCCGAUUGUCUGCUGUCCGCGGAAUGGAAAUCACCCAACAAAAUUAUUGCGCGAACUGGUCCGGCGAAGGGGAAAGGCGACAUAAUAGUGACAACUUUGAGCGGCGGAGUGGGCACCUCUACGGUGCAAUUCCGUGCCUACCACGAGACUAUUGGACCGCUCAAAGAGUCGGCCGUGUGGAUCGAGGAGUCGCCCUCGCAAAACUUCGCCUGGGGUCGUCGCACUUUGGCGCAAUCCGGACUGACGCAGGAGGAUCCUCUCGGCCUGUCCAUUGAGGGCAACGAGCAGAAGAUUCCUGAGGAUUUGAGAGACCUGUUUCCAGAAGCCUGUGGCGAUCUGUCUCAGGAGCACUUCUCACCGGCCUGGUUUCUGCUCGAGAAUCACCUGGCCACCUCCUUUGAGGAUCUCAAGGCGGGCCUGUCCUAUUUAAAGCGGAAAGUGGAGAGCCAAAAAGAGGGCCAGCUGUCCUUUCUCAAGUCCAAUGCUGGCUCGGUGAUUGAUCAAUUGGACACGCUAAUGAACAUUCGGGACAAGCUACAGGAGGAUGUUAAGUUGCACGGCAACGAAACCCUGAAUGUUCUGGAGACAUCAAUAGAAAAUUCUAUCAGCGAGUCGCAGAAGAUCUUUACGGAUGUGCUAGUGCGCAAGGAGAAGGCAGACUCCACCCGGUCUGUUCUCUUUGCUCUGUCACGCCACAAGUUUCUCUUUUGUCUCCCAAAUUCGGUGGACCGACGUGCUAAGGCGGGCGAAUACGACAUUGUGGUUAACGACUACUCCCGAGCAAAGAAUCUCUUUGGCAAGACGGAAAUUCCCAUCUUCCGCAAGGUGCUAGAGGAGGUGGAUCACAGGAUAUUGUCUAUAAGAAAGCAGUUGCACGAGAAGGUCGUUAAAAUGCCACAGAGUGUAGAGCAACAAAAGAAAUUGAUCAAGGCCCUAAUUAGUUUGGAAGUCCAGCAGAGUGGAACCCCUAUUGGCGAUAAACUGCGUAACAUCGAUCCGGCUUGGGAUGCCAUCGAGGCCAGAGCUAAGUAUCUGGAAGGCACCUUCCGUCAGACAUUCGAACAGCAUGCCAAUAAAGACUCGGGCGCGCAAGAGAAGUCCAAAAACAGGGAUCCCAGCCAGGCACCCAGUCGGGUAAACUUCUGUGAGGAACUGUGCGAUAUUGCCGCCUCCCAACUGCCAGAUUUAUGGCGUCUGGGUCAACUGUACUUCACUGGAGAGCUGCGCGGACCACAUGAUCCUAAACCUGGAGACUUUAAGCGAAUGAUUUUGAACGCCAUUGAAAAGUUUUGUGUCUAUUUAAGAUUGGCUAUUCUCAUAGCUGCCGAUCAGCGUGCACUUCGGCAAUCCAGCGGCUUGGCCUGGCCCAUUGGCUCCUCUUCGGCCACGCAUCAGUUCCUUCCGUGGAUACCGCAAUGUCUGCGCUACACCAGGAUAGCCUAUGCCACGCUUAUAAGCUUAGAUCUGCCCUCGGAAGCCUUAGACAUCAUCCAGAAACUCAUUGACGAGGUGCGGCUUUUCUGCUUCUCAAUAAUCUUCAAGCGAUCCACGGAUCGAUGUAAAAAGUUGGGCAGUCAGGAGACAUGGGAGUUGGGUGUAGAAGAGUAUCCGGGUGCCACUCUGCUUCCCGCUGCCUUGGAGACAUUGCUCAUCGAAACGCUGGACGAGGUGCAGUCUGUGUGCAUGCAGAGGGAGUCGCGAGAGGGUAAUCUCCUCGAGCCCCAGUCAGAUGGACAAAGAGAGGUGACACAGCGCUUGCAGGAAUUCCUAUCCGCCUUUAGUGCGGUAAUCGAAGAGCUGGCCUUUCACUCCCACGACGACGAGACGCCCACCCAUAACGUGUCGCAGCUACUGGGAUUCCCUAAUGCUCAGCAACCUGACUCAGUUGCUGGGAGCGGUGGAGGAGGGGCUGUAACCUGGGAGCAGCGCAUGCUUUGUUGCCUGGCUAACUAUGCAUAUUGCAACAAGAGCUUCUUUCCGCACCUAGGCGAGAUUUUUGUGCGCUACGGUUAUCCACUACCUACCCUGGCAAUCGAAACGGCCAGGUACACGGUAAAUCAGCUCUUCACAAAUCUACUAGAGGAGUAUGUUGAGCACAAGGGCGAUCCACUUGUGGGUACCAUAGAGCCAUCUAUGUAUCUGGGUCGGUUUCAAUGGGAUCACGAGAUGGAGAUCGGCCAGCUGCGCCCUUAUGCCCACGAAUGCUGCGAUAACUUAGUUGGUGUCUACUCCGAGAUCUACAGCAUCUCUCCGGCAUUACUGCGCCCGAUCCUAGAGUCGAUUGUGCAAACCAUAUCCGAGGAGCUGGCUCGCCUAAUGAGCUGUGUCCAGCGGUUUAGCUUCACGGGAGCGAUUCAGGCCCAUGUGGAUAUCCGUCUACUGAGGGAUUCUUUGGAGGGUUAUGUAAAUGAGACAGCCAAGAACUACUUUAUGGAGGCGUUGGAGGCCAUAAACCCACCCCUAAGUGGCGAACAGAAGCGAAAGGCUGACGAGAUUCUGGAGCGAGUUAAACGGAACAUGAGACUGCAACUGCUCUGCUUCAGUGUCAAGGAUCCUUAGGCACAUUCCACUGCUUGGCACUGCCAAUGUAGAUAGCUUAUCCUAUAACUAGCUUGUGAUUCCCCAUUUUCUAGGGAUAAAUCUUUAUUCGGUUGCAAAAAAUAAUCUUAUUUGCUAUUGACUCACAGUCCCAACAAUUUUGGGUCAAAUUCAAAA